AUGAUGAAGCAGAGCGAGAAGAUGAGCGUCAGCUCUUGGGUGGACCUGAUGAGCGGCGAGACGUGGAACCUCAUGAAGAUUGGCUACCAACUAAAACAAGUGCGCGAGCGCCUCGCCAAGGGUCUCGUCGACAAGGGCAUCCUACGCACCGAGAAGCGCAACUUCCUCCUCUUCGACAUGGCCACGCACCCCGUCGCCGACGGCGGCGCCAAGGAAGAGAUCCGCCGCCGUGUACGCCUCGUCCUGACCCAGCGCACCGUCGUCCUGCCCCCGUCGCAGUUCCUCCCCGAGAGCCUCGAUUUCCGCUACGUCCGCACCCUGGCCAUGGUCUGCGCCGCCUACGCCGCCAACGUGCUCGAGAACGCCCUGACGCCGCUCGGCCACGAGGCCCGCGAGCGCGCUUUUGCUCAGACUGACGAGCUGCUCGCCGACUACAGCCAGUGGCCCUUUGGCAAGAAGGCCGUCAACAACGGCAUUGGCGCCAACCUGCCCCAGGCGGUGGCCGAGGAAUGCAAUAACAACAAGGACAAGGAACUCCAGCUCGAGGUCGUCGCCGCGUGCCUCAGCGUCUUCACCCGCCUCGACUCCCUGCUGUAA